CUACUACUGGUUUCUUAUCUUACAUGAUCAUUGAAUAAUAGAUAGAUAUAUACCAGUUAACUUAACACUCCCUUUUCUGAUAUUUCCCCCUGUGUGAAUCCCUUCUAAGUCAAGAUGACUGAGGGCAAAGUUGUUGAAGCAGGAGUUCCAAAAACUCUUGAGGAUUUCGAUACUCAAAAGAAGCCCAAGCGAAACAAGUAUGCUUUUGCAUGUGCUAUGUUGGCCUCCAUGACUUCCAUCUUGCUUGGUUAUGAUAUUGGUGUGAUGAGUGGAGCAGCCAUAUACAUAAAAAGAGACCUCAAAGUCUCAGACGUGCAAAUAGAAAUCCUCAUGGGAAUCAUCAACCUCUACUCCCUCAUAGGCUCAUGCCUCGCCGGCAGAACCUCCGACUGGAUCGGUCGCCGUUACACGAUUGUUUUCGCCGGUUCAAUCUUCUUCGCCGGAGCCAUACUCAUGGGGUUCUCACCCAACUACUCCUUCCUCAUGUUCGGCCGUUUCAUCGCCGGCAUUGGCAUCGGCUACGCCCUCAUGAUUGCCCCCGUCUACACCGCCGAAGUCUCCCCUGCUUCCUCUCGUGGCUUCCUCACCUCCUUCCCUGAGGUUUUCAUAAAUGGAGGGAUAUUAUUAGGAUAUAUAUCGAACUAUGCAUUUUCGAAGAUGGCACUUCACAUGGGUUGGCGUAUGAUGCUCGGAAUUGGUGCGGUUCUUUCAGUAAUCCUUGGAGUUGGAGUGUUAGCCAUGCCUGAAUCUCCUCGAUGGCUUGUCAUGCGGGGUCGUUUAGCAGAGGCAACAAAAGUUCUUAACAAAACCUCAGACUCAAAGGAAGAGGCUCAGUUAAGGUUAAACGACAUCAAGCGUGCCGCUGGGAUCCCCGAAAGUUGCAACGACGACGUCGUUCAAGUAUCCAAGCAUAACACUGGCGAGGGUGUAUGGAAAGAGCUUUUUCUUUAUCCAACGCCCGCGAUUCGUCACAUCGUAAUAGCUGCCCUUGGUAUUCACUUCUUUCAACAAGCGUCAGGCAUAGACGCUGUCGUUUUGUACAGCCCCACUAUCUUCGAAAAGGCUGGGAUCAAGAGCGACACCGAUAAGCUUCUUGCAACCGUGGCCGUUGGAUUCGUUAAGACGAUGUUCAUCCUGGUGGCUACAUUUAUGUUGGACCGUGUUGGACGGCGUCCGUUGCUGUUGACGAGUGUUGGUGGAAUGGUGCUUUCGCUUCUCACACUUGGUGUGAGCCUCACUAUCAUUGAUCAUUCAGAAACGAAGCUAAUGUGGGCCGUUGGAUUGAGCAUAGCAACCGUGUUGUCCUACGUGGCCACGUUCUCGAUUGGUGCGGGACCCAUCACGUGGGUCUAUAGUUCUGAGAUCUUCCCGUUGAGGCUGCGAGCACAGGGUGCGGCUGUGGGAGUUGUGGUGAAUAGGGUCACGAGUGGGGUCAUCUCAAUGACUUUUCUGUCCUUAUCCAAAGGGAUCUCCAUUGGUGGGGCUUUCUUUCUUUUCGGAGGUAUAGCUGCUACUGGAUGGAUAUUCUUUUAUACCAUGCUUCCUGAAACACAGGGUAAAACCCUUGAAGAUAUGGAAGGGUCUUUCGGUAGUUUUAGGGUCAAGGCCAACAACACCCCUAAGGAAGUUGGGGAUAGUAAUGCCCAAGUUCAAUUAGGAACUAAUGUCCGAACUUAAUUAGAGAAAUGUGUAUUAAGGGUAAUAGGGUAUAAUAAGUUUUUCAGAGUAGUUUUUCGAGUGAAAACGAGGAACCACGAGCAAAAGUGUCAAGACUUGUGUAAAAAAAAAAAAAAAAAAAUUACAAUAACUUCUAUGAAUGAUAAAAGAAGAAGAAAGUGUUUUAGAGCUAUUUUUUUUCCCCCUGAUUUCUUACUGAAGGAGUGAUUAGUAUCAUAUUUGAAAUGACCUUAUGGAAUGGGUCAUGGAUGCAAUCUCACUAUUGCAGAUGGCAAAGUGUUAAUUACCAUAUAAGUCUUUUUUUUAAAAGUGUGUUGGUAUUUCUACACUUGAAUUUGUAUUUUCUUUUUUACAUUUACAUUUAUAAAAAAAAAAAAAAGAACGUUGGUUUUCUCUUUUUCUUUUUCAAAAAACUAAGUAUAAAAUACAAAUCAAGUGUUAGUACUUAGUAAUUAUAUAUAUAUUGGUACUAAGGAGGGAAAAUUAAUACAUCUUAAUUUUAGGAGUUAAACCUGACCCGAUGGGAAGCUGUAAGGGAAGCUCCACCCCUAUGUGUCGGCGUUAGGAGUUAAACCGCACGAGGACCCAGGAGACGGGGAGAGUGAGGGGGAGUCCCACUUGGUCCAAGGGAUAAGGUUUUUGUUUGGUUAUAACUUUUCCUUUCUCUUUUUAUUUUUAUUUUUAUUGUGUUCGAAAAUCUUUGGGGUCUUAAAAAAGUAUAGUGGUCCAUUUUUCCUUUGGAUUUGAUGGCAUUUGAUUACUGCAAGCAGGGUUAGAAUGACCUUACAUUUCCUUUGAUUUUGAAGCCACUUAUUCAUCUUCUUGGCAGCUUGGGAAUUCUUUUUGGUUCUUAAAAAAACCUUGAGAUCUGUGUAUAUUUUUUUUCUUUGGAAAAUCGUUAUGGGUUUUUAU